GCACAAAGUCAAAAUUAGUGUUGACAUGUUGCCCAGUUUUCUACUACUAGUACAUAGAUUAAUGGUGCAAAAUUACCAUGGUUAAAUUAGUAGGAGUAUACAGUACUAUAAUAGUUGCAAGGUGGGGGGUGUCAAGUCAAAACCUUGAGCGCGGAUACCCAUCAACGCACACUUGCUCUUGCUCAGCUCGCCAACGCCAAGAUGCGCCUCGUCAAUCUCUCCCACCGAUCAAUCGCGAGACCUGCAUUCUAGCCGUGCGAAUUCCGGCGGGCUUCCGCCGUAGAUCCCCAAGAAACCCCCGGCAAGAAAUCGCUGCCCAGAUGGAUCGCCAAGAGGAGGAGGACGACGACGCGGCGCUUCGAGAAGCCGGCGGCGGCGCCUCCUUCCCCGGCGGCUGGCUCCGGCGUCUGUCCCGCGAGCUGCACUGGAGCUUCGUGCUCGCCGUCGUGGCCGUCUACGGGGCCUGCCAGGGUGUCGGCGACGCCGUCGGCGGCGUCGCGGCGGGGUACUACUGGAAGGACGUGCAGCGCGUGCAGCCGUCGGCGGCGCAGUUCUACCAGGGGUUCGUCAGCGCCCCCUGGGUCGUCAAGCCCAUCUGGGGUCUACUCACCGACGUCGUCCCCGUCGCCGGCUACCGCCGCCGCCCGUACUUCCUCCUCGCCGGAGUGAUUGGGGCGUCGUCCAUGCUCACGCUCUCUCUCCACCGCAAGCUGGGCAUCAUGCCGGCGAUCUUGGCGCUGACGGCGCAGAGCGCGGGCGCGGCGGUGGCCGACGUGACGGUGGACGCGCUGGUUGCUCAGAACAGCAUCACGCACCAGCCGCUAGCCGCAGACAUGCAGAGCCUGUGUGGGUUCAGCUCCUCCGUUGGGGCAUUGCUUGGAUUCUCCAUCAGUGGUCUUCUUGUCCACUCCAUGGGGUCUCAGGGUGCUCUUGGAUUACUAAGCAUCCCUUCUGCACUGGUGUUCUUGGCUGGUGUUUUGCUGAAGGAGAGGCGAGUUACAGAUUUCGAUUACAAGCAGGUUCAUAGGAAAUUCUACAAAGCAAUUCAGUCCAUGGGGGCAACACUGAAGUGUGCCGAAGUUUGGCGGCCGUGUGUGUAUAUGUAUGUUUCUCUCAGUCUAAGCCUGGAUAUCCAAGCAGGAAUGUUCUACUGGUACACUGAUCCAAUAGUGGGACCAGGAUUCUCUGAGGAAUUUAUUGGCCUUGUGUAUUCGGUCGGUUCAAUCGGUUCGCUGCUCGGAGUUUUACUAUACCAAAUUUCACUGAAGGACUGCCCUUUCCGCGGCGUGCUAUUCUGGGGCCAAGUUCUUUCAAGCCUGGCAGGAAUGCUCGAUCUGAUAAUGGUGACCCGGCUCAACACAAGAAUCGGCAUUCCGGAUUACGUCUUUGCGGUGAUUGACAACAGUGUCUCCCAGAUGGUUGGGAGGCUCAAAUGGUUGCCGCUCCUCGUGCUUUGCUCCAAGCUUUGUCCUCCAGGCAUCGAAGGAACUUUCUAUGCGCUGCUCAUGUCCAUCCAAAAUGCCGGGUUGCUGAUGUCUGGCUGGUGGGGUGGCCUGAUGCUGCAGUUGCUGAAUGUGACUCGAACGGAGUUCAGUAACCUCUGGGUUGCCGUCCUGAUCAGAAACUUGUCGAGGCUGCUCCCGCUGAUGCUGCUGUUUCUUGUUCCCCAGAGUGACCAAAACUCAAUGCUCCUCCCGGCAGAGAUGCUUCAGGACAAUGAAUCUACUGAAGCUAGGAAAGGAGGUCAAGACACUGCUGAAUUUUCCGUCCUUGUCGCAGAUGAUUCUAGCUGUCAUGCUCUGAAUGUGGCUGUCGAAGAUGAAAGAAUCAAAGUGGUCGAUGCUGGAACGGGUACUGUGGAGUUGAUUCCUCUCAUGAACGAGCUACAAGACCGUGGGAGUUGACUGACAAGCUCAUGAACAGGAUACUUGUCUUCCAUCCAUGAUUCAUUCUAUACCAAAUUACCAAUGGCGUUCUGGUUCUGUUCUCCACUCUUUGGUAGACUAGUUCUUUAUGUAUCAUCAGCAACAGCACAUCAAUAGGUUAUAGGUGAAACAACAGUUAGUUUUCCUUUCAUUUUUUGUAACAGAAAGAAGCACAGUAUCAUUUGGAAGGAUAUUGAGGCAGUUCCUUCGGGUUUUUUUUGGGUGUGUGUGUUUUUGUGUUUUGUUCAAGCGUCCUUUUGGGACGUACGAUUUUUAGAGGAAUUUCAUGUGACUUGAACUGUUUCAUCA